CUCUCGCCUGGUCACCCUAACCGUGGGACAUCUGGCCAGGGGUGUGGGGGAUUCUCCAGCCCUGGGAGAAGUUAGAAGAUUGGGCACUCUUGUUUUUUGAAGAUCUGCUCUGGCUCAGCCAACAGUUCUGGGCUUGAUGCAGGAGUCCCUGGAGGAGGGUCAGUGGCCGGUUCUGCAGGUGGUCACACUUGCUGGCUGCAAUGGCCUUAGCAGUCUGAGCUCCAAUCAGCAGAGUGAUGUUUCUGGAGGAGUCUCCAUUACCCCAGCAGUGAAGAUCUCUGCAGAGACGUCAUUUAGGCGGGUGGCCAUAAGAGACCGCGUGUCCCUGUGGAUGGGGCCCUGAGCCGGCAGCCUGGAUGUCUUCCUGCCUCUCUCACUGACCUGUGGCAAGUUCCGCACUCGGCACCUCCCUGCCCCUAUCUGCAGACAGGAUAGCAGCCCUGACCUCUGCAGAGCACUCCAAGGUCUCUGGGGGUUAGUGGCGCAGAGGCUGGGCCGUGUGCUCAGCUGGGUGUGGUGAUCGGGUGUGCACUGCGUGCCCGUCUGGCUGCUGGCCCCGCCCCACAGCUAUGUCACCUCCUGGUGUUCGCUAGCCCUCGGCAUAGGGGCUUGGCUCAUUGCCAAGCACUACGUGGGCUCCCAGUGCAGUGCGGGAGAGGAGAGGAGAGCUCGGCACUGGCACAGGGACUGGGCCCUCCGUACUAAACAGCGCAGGAGCCUUGGCAGGUUCCCCAGAGCUGUCCCUCGGCCUGCCCUGGGCAGAUCCCGCGAGCGCUGCUGCUGUGCGAGUGGGCCUGUUCUCCAGCCUGCUCCUGGACCCAUAGCGGUUCACGUGUCGGUCCCUGCAGCACAUAGGCUCUUUCCAGGAUGGUCACAGAGGAUGCAGAGCUCUCACGUUGGAAGGGACCAUUGUGAUCAUCUAGUUUGACCUCCUGCAUCACGCAGGCCAGAGAACCCGCCCAAUGAGUCCCACCUUGGGCCCAGAACUUCCAGCAGAGCUAGAGCGGCGCCUAAAAACGUCAAGGGCUGGAGAAGCCACCGCAGCCCUCAGCCGGUUGUUCCAGUGGAGCAUCCCGCUGGGAGCACGUGGUCAGUUAGGGGUCAGAGUAGGUACAAGUCCUGUGCUGACUCUACUCUCAGGGCAGUGCCCCGAGCUGUAACUCUCUGUCCCUGCAUCCAGGGACAGAAUGUUUGGCUGGGUUAGUGAGCCCAGCUUCGCAGGCAGUUCCAAUUGCUCGCUGUGUUUGACCUGCCGCCGUCAUUUAGCGACCUGCUUUGACCCCUCUGCCAGGGCGGGCAUUGCCCAUGAAGGCAGCCCCUCUUCGUAUUAAUCAUUUGUGUUCCCAUCGUGCCUAGGACCAGGCUCCCAUUGUGCAAGGGGCUGGCUGCCGUAGACAAGACGUGGACACGAGCAAAGGUGGGGGUCCGAGGGAACAGUGCAGCGGUAUUGGUCAGCAUGAUGGGCAGUGGGCUGAGCCCACCAGCAGGCUCCCCUUUGUCAGGCUUUCAUAGGCCUCAGAGAAAAGCGGCUGCUGAAGCAGGGUCAUGAGUUUAGUGGAACUUUGCAGGGAACCCCCCAAGGGAGAGGCAGCCAGGCAGAAAACACUGGGGUGCUUGUUUAAAAUGUAACCAGUGGGUGCGAGUGCUUGGUCAGCUGCAGGAGUCGGCCUUCGAUUGUGAGUGAGAGCGAAAUUGCUUGUCUUCGCUGUCUAGGCCCUGCCCAGAUGGUUUGGUGUGCUAGAGAGGGGGAGCCAGUGGAGGGGUUUAGAGAGGGAGGGGUGACAUGGUCAGAGUGCCCCAGACUAGGACAGAUCUUUGCAGCAGAAUUCUGAAUGGACCUGAGUGGGACAUGGUUGCCUUUGUGAAGGCCAGAGGGCAGGAUGCUGCAGUAAGUGAGAUGUGAGCCUGGCGGAAGGUUUUAGUUGGGUGGCUGGACAGAUUAGGCUGGAUCCAAGAGCUGUUGUGCAGAAAGAAUCGGCAAGAUUUAGACACCGCCUGCAAGUGAGGGCCUGGAACGAGGUCUGAGUCGAAGACGAUACUCAGGUGAUGGGCCUGAGUGACAGCUGGAUGGUGGCGGAGUCCUCAGCGAUCGAGAUAGGAGGUAGCAGGCAGGUGACAUGGGGAAGAUUAAGAAGCUCUGUCUUAGCUAUGUUGCACUUCAGCUGAUGGCUUGGCAUCCACAAGGAGACACCAGCAAGACAGGACAUGGUUGUAGUUUGGCAGCAGGAGACGGGCGUGGAGUAGAAGUAGAUAAGGUGUGCGGGGAGAAGAGCAGGGGACCAAGGACAGAGCCCUGUGGAACCCCCACGGAAAGAGAAGAGGAUCCUCCAAAGGCUGUGCUGAAGGAGCAACUGGAGCAGUAGGAGAACCAGGAGAGGAGAGAGUCACGGAAACCAAGACAAGGCUGCAAGCGGAGGAGCAUGGUCAGCGUGGACUCCCUGGUGGGGAAGAUCUCCAUCCCGGCCUACUCGCUGAGCGACGACGACUACUCCUCCAGCUACCGGCAGCUGAGCGUGGAGAGUGACCCCGAGGAGGGGCGGGAGCCUGGCCCCCCAGCCCCGCCUUGCCCUCAGUGUGGCCUGCAGCUGGCCGUGCGCUUGGGGCAGAGCUGCCCACAGUGUGCGGGGGCCGAGGAGGGCCGGGGCCAGCGUGUGCUCUACUCCUGCCAACUCUGCCCCUUCGCCUCCCACUACUCCAGCCACCUCAAGCGCCACAUGAAGACCCACAACGGCGAGAAGCCUUUCAAGUGCCCGCAUUGCGACUACGCCUCGGCCCAGCUGGUGAACCUGACGCGGCACAAGCGCACGCACACGGGCGAGAGGCCCUACCGCUGCCAGGCCUGCAGCUUCGCCUGCAGCAGCCUGGGCAACCUGCGGCGCCAUGAGCGCAUCCACAGCCAGGACAAGCCCUUCCAGUGCAGCGCCUGCGACUACCGCUGCAACCAGAGCCGCAACCUCAAGCGCCACAUGCUGAGCCAUCGCCAGGCGGAGGAGGGGCCCUGCUGCCGGGACAAGGCCCAAGAGCCGCUGCUGCCGGAGCUGAGCCUGCACGUGAGUGGUGCCGGCAGCCCCCUCCUGCCUGGCUGCACCCGCCUGCGGGGCGACGAGGCAGACGCCUUGCCCGAGCUGCUCUUUCCCUUCACCUGCCGCAUGUGCGGGCUGGUGCUGGACGACGGCUUGGCGCAGGACGAGAGCCUGGUCGAGCAGAUCUGCAGCCGCUGCAGCCUGGCCGUGCUGAGCGCUGAGCCGGGUGAGAGCCCCCCCGAGAGCGGCGCCAAGGGCUUCUCCUGCAGCCUGUGCUCCUUCGCCACACACUACCCCAACCACCUGGCCCGGCACAUGAAGACGCACAGCGGCGAGAAGCCCUUCGCCUGCCCCCUCUGUCCCUACGCCUCCGCCCACCUGGACAACCUCAAGCGACACCAGCGGGUGCACACAGGCGAGCGGCCCUACAAGUGCCAGCUCUGCGACUACGCCUGUGGCAACCUGGCCAACCUCAAGCGUCACGGCCGCAUCCACUCUGGCGACAAGCCCUUCCGCUGCGGCCUGUGCAGCUACCGCUGCAACCAGAGCAUGAACCUCAAGCGCCACAUGCUGCGCCACACGGGCGAGAAGCCCUUCCGCUGCCGCCACUGCCCCUACACCACCGGCCACUGGGACAACUACAAGCGCCACCAGAAGAUCCACGGCCCUGCUGGUGAGGGCUGGGCCAGCCCCCCGAGUGCCAAGCCCCGGCUGGCCCUGCCGCCCCCAGCGGCCUCCCUGCACUAGGAGCUGGGCCUGGCCCGCCGCAGGCGCACGGCGGGGGGCUGAAAUGCUGCUGCUGGCUGGGGGCAGGGGGAGGAGCGAGUGCCUGCGCAGCGGCUGGGGGGCAGGGCCCAGCAGUGCUGCAGGUCCCCCCCCUCAGACAGGCUGGGCGUGGGAAGCGGGAACUCAGAGCCAUUGCUGCCCAGUAACCUGAGCUGGGGCCAGGGCGCUUCUUACCCUGCGGUGCCCCUGCUUGGAAUAAAAGCCUCUGCUUCCUGCAGGGCCGGGCAGUGGCUGCUGCCUUGCGGCCUCCCCCCGCCCAUGGAGUCUGAGCCCCCAGUAGGCACUAGAGGGCUGGCUUGGUGACUCCUCCUCUCUGUCAUGGGAGGCUCAGGCCAAGCCGCACCCCAGCUGUGUGGAGCUGCUGUCGGGGAGGGAACAGACCCCCCCUCUCCCCCCCAAUCAUACACAGCUGUUCCCUGGAGCAGGUCUGCCUGGGCCGGCCCCACCCUGGAAAUGGGGGUUCAGGGGCGAGGAGGCGGCGUGCCAGCUGGCCUCUGCCCAGGCAGCACAAGGAAGCCUUGUCAGGGACCACGGAGUGUGGCCCCUUCCCUCCGCCAGCACACUCGGGUGCAGCAGGGAGGGAGGGGUGGGGGGGAGGCUGGCCUGGCCCCCCGCCCUGGGGUGCAUCUCAAGGCUGUGUAAUUUAUAUUGUGUAUAAAAGCAUUAAAGUCCAUUUGGGUAGCUGGCUUCGCUCUUUGGGGUGCAGAGGCGCCUACCCACGCCCAGGGGCUGUGAGCGAGACCGAGCCCCUCGGCCCUCUGCUCAGUGGGCUCCAGCAAGGGGGUCGAGCAGCACCAAGCCUGGCCCUGCCUGCGUGCGACGCCCUGUAAGUGCUGAUGUGUCACGGCCCCAAGCUUCCCCGGGCCUGCUGCGGUAUGUGCGCCUGGCCCCACCGCACGGGGCAGGGCGUGGGCACGCUGCCCUGUGCCCCCUGCCCCAGCGCAGGCACAACAGCGAUUUACA